AUGGAUCUCAAGGUGCUCUGUGCACUCUCUGUCACCCUCAUCGUAGCCCUCAGCACCCUGGCAGAGGGAAUUGCGCCUCCAACAAAAUGCCAGUGUAAAGUGGUUCCCAGGGAGAGGACAAACUGUGGCUACCCAGGGAUCUCAGCAGCAGAAUGCAGGAAAAUUGGGUGCUGCUUCAACGCUUCAGUCCCCAGCGUCCCCUGGUGCUACAAUCCUAAACCAAAGAAAGUGAGGAAAGUGUGUCCCAACGAUCCCUACACCAGGAUAAACUGUGGCCACCCUGGCAUCAAGCCCAGGGAAUGCACGAGGAAGGGCUGCUGCUUCAGGGCACACCCCGCUGGUGUCCCCUGGUGCUUCUACCACCGCGUCGUGGAGGAAGCUUGUUAA